UUUGUGUAUCUAAAUCUCUUACAGUAUAUAACUACAGUUUACGAAAUCUUGUAUUAUCGUUUCAUAUAAAUCAUCUUAUCUCUCUGCCUCUUGAUUUCAAAUCAGAAUGGGUAAAGACAAGCAUCACGAACAAGACAAAGGAUUCUUCUCACAUCAUAAUCAUCCUGGCCAUGGGUAUCCACCGGGAGCUUAUCCUCCUCCUCCGCCGGGAGCUUAUCCACCACCGCAUGGUUACCCUCAGCAAGGGUACCCUCCACAGGGUUACCCCCCGCAGGGCUAUCCACCUGCUGCGUAUCCACCUCCUCCUGGCGCUUAUCCUCCCGCCGGUUACCCUGGUCCUCACCGUCCAGGCCUUGGAGGAGGAGUCGGGGGGUUGAUAGCUGGAGCAGCAACAGCUGCGGCAGCUGCAAUGGGAAGUCACCACGCGGGCCAUCACGGUGGUUAUGGCCACCAUCACGGUGGUAAGUACAAGAAAGGUUUUUUCGGUGGAGGGAAGUACAAGCGAGGGAAGCACGGUAUGUUUGGAGGGAAGCAUAAGCGUGGCAAGCACGGCAUGUUUGGAGGCAAACGAGGCAAGCAUGGCAUUUUUGGACGAAGGAAGUGGAAAUGAUCGUAUGAAUAUGAUCUUUCGCGAUCUCUAUGAUUUCUCUCUCUAUCCCUUAUAUAUUAUUUGAGAAGCAUUACAACAUGUUUUGGUAGCCACGUGUCAUCAUGAGAAUGCUUCUCAAAUUUACUAGAGAAAAAUGUUGGUCCAUAUAAACAUAU